GCAGCCCAGAUGGAUCCUGUUUCCUUGAGGCAGGGCUUGUUCCAUGCAUAAAAGGCCAGUUGGCUGGGAACACUACACCAGUUCUAAGGGACCAUACAGAGUAUUCCUCUCUUCACACCAGAACCAGCCACUGUUGCAGCAUGAGUUCCCAGCAGCAGAAGCAGCCCUGCAUCCCACCCCCUCAGCUUCAGCAGCAGCAGGUGAAACAGCCUUGCCAGCCUCCACCUCAGGAACCAUGCAUCCCCAAAACCAAGGAGCCCUGCCACCCCAAGGUGCCUGAGCCCUGCCACCCCAAAGUGCCUGAGCCCUGCCAGCCCAAGGUUCCAGAGCCCUGCCAGCCCAAGGUGCCUGAGCCCUGCCCUUCAAUAGUCACUCCAGCACCAGCCCAGCAGAAGACCAAGCAGAAGUAAUGUGGUCCACAGCCAUGCCCUUGAGGAGCUGGCCACCAGAUGCUGAAUCCCCUAUCCCAUUCUGCGUAUGAGUCCCAUUUGCCUUGCAAUUAGCAUUCUGUCUCCCCCAAAAAAGAAUGUGCUAUGAAGCUUUCUUUCCUACACACUCUGAGUCUCUGAAUGAAGCUGAAGGUCUUAGUACCAGAGCUAGUUUUCAGCUGCUCAGAAUUCAUCUGAAGAGAGACUUAAGAUGAAAGCACAUGAUUCAGCUCCCUUAUACCCCCAUUAAAUUCACUUUCAAUUCCA